AUCGACGAGGACGAUUCACCGCGAUGAACAGCUGGACGAAGAGAGUUCCGAAGUUUUCCCGCUCAUUCCUGGGUAAAAUAUUCUUGAGCGGCUCUGUCGUCCAAAUUAGCAGAGUUUUGCUUCAUUCCGCACCUCUUUGCUUCGACUUGCAUGCAUGUCGUAUUCUGUGUGCCUCUGCAAACGUUCGAUGUCUUUACUCAAAGAGCGACCAUCGUAGUUCGAACCUUCAGGAAACAAACCUUCGCAUGUACACGUGUCUGUCACGCGGAAUCUCCUAGUCAUUUCCCAGCGGCAGGUUGAUUGCCAAUAAACCAACUCUGACUCGAUGCAUCAAGUCAAGAUUCCUGUUGAUAAGGGCAGGCACCUGUUGGAGAGUCUCUCAUGGCUUCGGAAAAUAGUCCCCUGUUCGGCACGCCAACUGACGAUACUGGGGAGAUCCAGCAUGAAGCGGUCUAUUUGCGUUUUAGCCCGACUAGAAAGAAAGUCAUCGUCGCCAUCGUAUCACUUGCUGGCCUGAUUCCUUUGUUUGUGUCGGGAUCCUUCAUUCCUUCGAUCCCUCAAAUCGCUCUCGACCUUGACUCUACCGGUGCUAUCAUCAGCCUUGCUGUGAGCGUGUCAGUGUUGACAAAUUCCAUUGGUACCUUAUUUUGGGCCACUUACUCUGGAUUCUAUGGGCGUAGACCGGUGUACUUAUGUUCGCUCUUCUGCAUGUGUCUCGGCUCAACGGGAGUUGCUUCUGCUCGGAACGUCCCUGAGCUGAUUGCAUUCCGCGUCUUACAAGCCUUCGGUACGUCCAGCGGACUUUCAGUCGGAAUGGGAGUCAUAGGCGACAUCUACAAGCUGGAAGAACGAGGUACCGCCUCUGGUAUAUUCCUUGGAUCAAUAUUGCUGGGUGCGGCUUUGGCACCGCUCGCGGGAGGUGUUGCAGCGCACUAUUAUUCAUGGCAUCUGAUGCAGGCAAUUUUGUUUGCCUUCGGUUUCGUCAUGUUAUUGGUCACCUUAUUCUUCCUUCCUGAGACAAGUCAUCCUGGUGCACGAGGAAUUGACAAGUUGAUCGAGGCAGGGGGUAAACCUCGGUGGGUGUGGCUAAACCCCCUCGAAUGUCUAGCACUUCUCCGGAGUCCGAAUAUUGUAUUGUUGGCAUCUGCCGGAGCAUUUGUGUUGUUGACUGACUACGUGUUACUCGUGCCUCUGGCGUAUACCAUCGGUGUGAAAUAUAACAUAACAAACGAAGCUAUUAUCGGAGCAUGCUUCAUACCCGCUGGCGUGGGGAAUUUGUUGGGCGCACCAAUUGCUGGUUGGUUCUCCGACCGACAACUGAUUAAAUGGCGCAAGCGACGUGGAGGCGAAUGGGUACCUGAAGAUCGUCUCCGAGGCCUGUGGGUCGGUGCGGCCCUAUGUGUGCCAAUCUCGGUCUUACUCUUCGGAUUUGUCACCGAAUAUAUCGAAGGUCGACUUGGUAUUGUUUUGGACCUCGUCUGCCUCUUCAUAAAUGGAUUAGGGGUCGACCUCGUUCUUGCACCUAUCUCAGCCUACAACGUAGACAUUCUGCAUUCCCGCAGUGCUGAGGUUAUGGCUGCCAUGACGGCUUAUCGAGGCCUUAUCGUUAGUGUUGGCUCAUCAACUGUCAUCCCGCUCGUCCAAUCGAUCGGCGUCGCGCGGACGAAUGCAAUCUCGGCUGUUGCCGCUUGGGUAGGAUACAUCCUAAUCUGGAGUGUUAUCAAGUACGGCGGCACAAUACUGUCCCCAUCCACUACGAGGUGCAGCUGUGGUUUAGAUUUUCCGAUACAAUACCCUUCGGUUCAUAUCUGUGACGUCAGGUAGAAUUCAUGACAUUAUUUGGCUUUUAUAUUCCAUCCAAACGUUUUGCCAACACUUCCUGAUCUGUCUCGAGUGUAUUCGCUGCCAGCGGCUUGACGCAAACCUCAAUCCCCGGACCCGCACGCAGACCUCCAAUUUUGAUUAGAGCUACUAGAGUCAGGCACGUCCGCUCUGUUAUCGAGGCCGACCCCAGAAAGUAAGCUCUCCGGCACCGGAUAAUUCAGGCGCCCACUUGAUGCAACAUUUUGACUCGUCUGCAGUAUCUCAAUAAGUACGCAAUUUUUGCCAGGUGUUGCCUAAUCUGCACACGCUUCUUCCAAACU